AUGGAGGCAUCCGUACAGGAGAAGGUACCAGCAGGAAAUGAAUCUCUGCCAUCUCUACCCACUCUCAGCCCGGCGGUGCCACCUUACGUCAAACUGGGUCUGACGGUGGCUUACACCAUCUUCUACUCGCUGCUCUUUGUUUUUGUGUACGCUCAGCUGUGGCUGGUGCUGCGUUAUGGACACAAACGUUUCAGUUAUCAGACAGUCUUUCUGUUUCUGUGCCUGCUGUGGUCCGCCCUGCGCACCCUGCUUUUCUCUUUUUAUUUUAGAGACUGUGUGACGGCCAACACGCUGGGACCCUUUACUUUCUGGCUGCUUUAUUGCUUUCCAGUUUGUCUUCAGUUCUUCACGCUGAGUCUUAUGAAUCUUUACUUCGCACAGGUGAUUUUUAAAGCAAAGUCUAAAUAUUCACCAGAACUUCAAAAGUACAGGUUUCCUCUGUACCUGCUCUCAGUGUUCAUCAGUCUGGUCUUUCUGCUGGUGAAUUUGACCUGUGCUCUUUUGGUAAAGAUGACACAGACAGACAGAGAGAUCAUAGUCCUGGUGCGAGUUGCCAUCAAUGACACACUGUUUGUCCUCUGUGCCGUUACACUCUCACUGUCUCUCUACAAGAUCGCCAAGAUGUCUUUAGCAAACAUCUACCUGGAGUCGAAGGGAACAUCUGUGUGUCAGGUGACAAUAAUCGGAGUGACUGUGAUCCUACUGUAUGCAUCUCGAGCAUGUUAUAAUCUAGUGGUGCUCGUGCUGGCAAACUUUAAGAACAUCAACUCAUUUAACUACGACUGGUACAACGUAUCAGACCAAGCAGAUCUGAGGUCUACAUUGGGAGAUGCUGGAUAUGUCGUUUUUGGGGUGAUCCUGUUUGUUUGGGAGCUGUUGCCCACCUCAUUGGUGGUCUUCUUCUUCAGAGUUCGUAAGCCAGCUCAGGACAGGAAUACAUCAGUAAUCCCUGGACACGUGUUCUCAUCUAGAGCGUAUUUCUUUGACAACCCGCGGCGUUAUGACAGUGAUGAUGAUCUAGCAUGGAGUAUAAUACCACAAAACAUUCAAAACAGUUUUAGGUCAGACAGUUAUGAUUGGAGCUAUAACAACAGCAAAUUCCCUACAGACACUGAAGGAGAAUCUCAUCUACCACCAGAUGAUUUAAAUCCAUACUAAAUUAUCUUCAAUGAGGAGUCUUUAUUUUGCACAUACCUAUAUUGUGAUGGGUAACAGUAUAUACUAUGAACUUAUGUACCAGUAUUUAUUCUGGAAUCUCAUUAGAAGACAACAGCAGACAUUUGUAGGUUAAAUCACGUUCAUUUUCUCCAUGAAGACAUUGUUUAUUUUCUUUGAGAUUAUUUGAUGUAUGCUUUAAACUUUAAACAUAACAUAAAAGUUGUGUUUAUAUUUUUACACUACUCACAGGAUCAGUAGUUCAUGCUCUCAUUACAUUAAAGGUGCAGUGUGUAGAUUUUUAGCGACAUCUAAUGGUGAGAUUGUGAAUUGCAAUCACAAUUCACAUCUCACCCCUCCCUUUCGAAGAACAUAGUGAAGCUAUGGUAGCUGUCACAGGACAAACAUGUCAUCGUCUGAGACAACACAGUAAUGAAACACGCUCUAUAGAGCAGUUUGUCUGUUUAGGGCUACUGUAGAAACAUUGCAGGGCAAAAUGACGACUUCCACGCAAGGAGACCCAUGGUGUAUUUAAAUAAAAACGGCUCAUUGGAAGGUAAUAUAAACAAUACAGUUUAUUAUAUAAGGUCUUUACAGACCACUGAUAAUAUAGGUAUGUAUAUUAUAUUGCUUUUUUGUCAAGAGAUCCUUCUAAAAGUUACACAGUGCACCUAGUACAUUUACAUUUAUGCAUUUGGCAGAUGUUUUUUUCCAAAUCGGCUUGCAGCGCAUUACAAGGUAUACAUUUUUUAUCAGUAUUCGUGUUUCCUGGGUUCGAGAGCUUGUAACAUUGCCUUGGUUUGAGGUUAAGAUGUCUUCAAUGAAGAAUUGUUUUAAAAUAUCUGUAGUGAAAAUGACUGAGAGAAAUAUUUCUUGAAUCAAACCAUUGUGUGUCAUUAUCACUCUUCACAA